AUGACCACCCCCAUCGCAACUCUCCACGAAACCAAAACCAUGAACCCAACAAUCACCCAAAUCGAACCCAACAGUCCCCCAUCCGACGGCCCUCUCUUCCCCUCAACCCUCAUCUCUCCAGAAGUAAUCUCCGUCCUCCCAGAAAACUACACCAUCCGCCCCCUUCGCCGCUCAGACUACAGCCGCGGCUACCUGGACGUGCUGCGCGUCCUGACUACCGUCGGCGACAUCAGCGAGGAAGCCUGGAACAAGCGCUAUGACUGGAUCACCUCGCGCAAUGAUGAGUAUUACAUGCUUGUUGUCUGUGAUGGUGCGGACCGGAUUGUCGGUACCGGCAGUUUGAUUGUUGAGCGAAAGUUUAUUCAUGAGCUCGGUAUGGUCGGGCAUAUUGAGGAUAUUGCUGUUGAAAAGGGGCAGCAGGGGAUGAAGCUUGGUUUGAGGAUUAUUCAGGCGUUGGAUUUUGUUGCUGCUAAUGUUGGUUGUUACAAGAGCAUCCUUGACUGCUCCGAGGCCAACGAGGGUUUCUACGUUAAGUGUGGUUUCAAGCGCGCUGGUUUGGAAAUGGCCCACUAUUACUGA